AUGUCUGAUAAUAGUAUAUUAACUUCAAAUCUUAAAGAACAAGAACAGCGAGUUUUUAACAACCACGAAACUCAAAUUCUUUAUGAACUUCGUGGUAUAUUGAACGCAGUCGAAUCAAUAAAUCGAACCAUAUCAGAUGCAAUUAAAUUAACUUCAUCAGGUGGAGAACUUUAUGACGCACAAAGACGCGCAAAUAUCGGUUUGAAUCACUUUAAGAAAUUAAUGGAAACAAAAAAAUAA